GCCGGGGGACCGGGAGGCCGGGCCGGUCGGCGGGCGGGGGGCGCCCGCUCCGCGCCACCGCUGCCCGCCCGCCCGGUGUGGCCCGGGCCUGGCCUUGGCCCGGCCUCGGAGCCAGAGCCGGCGCCCCGCGCGGGAGGCCGGGACCCGGCGCUCAGCGCGGGCGAAAGGAUUUCAGGGUAGUCGGGGCUCCCAAAGCACCCGCUCUGCGGAGCACGAGCCUCCGGCUCCCGAGAGCCCGAGCCGGAGCCGGGCCCGCGGUGCCGCGGGUUGUCGGGCGGGCGCUGGCACGAGUUGGAAGCCACCUCCGAAAGCCAGAGACUGCCUGCAGGGGCGACCUCUUCCUCCCGCGGAUCCACUCGCAGAUGGCUUCUGAUGAAAAAGCGCUGCCGCUGAGUUGAACACCCUAAUAAGGAACCGACUCCGAAAUUUUAUAAAACUUCUUCCAAAGCCCUGUUUGGGGAGGUGUGCUCAUGCUCAGUCUUCUCUAGAACCGCUGGGUGGCGCUGGUGCGAGCUGACUUUUCCUCCAGCGCAGCGACUGGAGAACCUGUUUCUCUUCAUUGUCCCCUUGGUUGCACGUUCAUGUAGUUUAUUUUACAAUGUGCACAAAGGGAUUGAGAGGAAAAUCAGGUACAGGCAGGACCUCUACCAAUAAAUUUCUCUGGAAACAGCCGGCAAGUACCCCUCAAAAGUUUACCAUUAUUAAAAAUUCUUACCGAAAACGCCUUGGACAGUCUUAGGGGGAGCAAAAGAAAAAAAAAAGUGAGAAAUAGUUUAAGACUUGGACGGAAAAAUGUGGAAUCGGGAAAUAUUUUCAUGCUAAUUUAUUUAGAUUUGUACAUUUAUAGCUUCACAAAUUUACCUGGAGUUCAUCUGCACACCAUAGCAAAGUGUAUGCCUAGUUCAAUCUGUUUGUUCACCUUUUGUUUUAAAAGUCUUAUUUUCUGAUAAAAAAAUAAAUUCAAGGAUAUCAUUAUUUUUAUUAAAUUAUUAGAGAAGUAGCUUUUAUAGUUCCAGCCUCAGUGUUUUUUUAACAUACCUAGUACAUUUCAAAAUUGCUAUUGAUGAGGCUUUUCUCCUACUGACGAUUUUAAAAGGCAUUCACAACUCUUCCCCAGGUUUAAUUUAGAUGCAGUCAUCUUCACCCACUAGUCAGUUAAGCCCUCUAUGGAAAGAGAACUUCUUCACAGGUUUAAAGCUCAGAAUUGGGAAGUAGAAAAUAAGUAGACUUUGAUUUUGGAUUUUUAAAGUAUUUGAGACUAUUAGCCAGGGUUUGAAAUGGUCAGCAGCAACAUAAUCGGUAUGUGGUGGUGGUGGGGGGGGGAGACAUGAUUAUUUUGACGAAUUGUGUCACAAAAUUUUCCCAUAUUAGGAGCCUGGAAAUACAUAAUUAAGUCAGUGGAAGUUUUUGCUUAAAGAGUUGUACAUGUAAAGUCAUGCUGAAGUUAAAUACGAGUAGUACAUGGAUAUAAUUAUGCAACCCUUCCUGCCCCUUCUUCUAUUGUAGGUCUAUUUUUAAUUUUUUGCCAAAACUUAUUUAACCUCUGAGCUUCUAACCAUCUUAAUAUUACAGUUGCUACGGGUAGAUGGAAAAUAGUACUUCUAAAUAUAAUAACAAAAAAAGCGCCAUUUGUCAAAAACUGCUAAGACAGUAAAGCCCGUCGUUGGGAAAUGGAUGGUCAUAUGGCCAUGAACGCUUUACUGUGUGAGGGAGAGUUUAGUUAGUAGCUACCCUGCAGAUCUGAGUUUGCAGAUAGGUAUGUGGUCAGCUAGCUUGGCAGGUUUAGGUGAGAUGGUGCAGAGUCGGUGCUCCGUUGUCCACCCCAGGGGCUGAGUGGCCAAAAUUACCGUUAAGGUGGAGCGAAUUACCAGAGGGUCAAAGAUUAAUUCGUUUUUGGAGCUUUCACUUCUUUUAACCAAAGAGGCACUUAGUUUGCAGAGGCGGUCUGGAGCCGAGGCUGGAAGCGGGGUCCCUAGAAGCCAGCCCCUAACCUAAGUCUGGCGUUGUAAGGCGAUUACACAUCUUCCUGGGAGAGCAUUUUCUGCCUACACCUCAGUCCCGGUCAGCAACAUGAACUCGGGCUUGAGUUCCAUGAAUUCCAUGAACACCUACAUGACCAUGAACACCAUGACCACGAGUGGCAACAUGACCCCAGCUUCAUUCAACAUGUCGUACGCAAACCCGGGCCUGGGCGCCGGCCUGAGCCCCGGCACUGUGGCAGGCAUGCCUGGAGGCUCUGCGGGCGCCAUGAACAGCAUGACAGCGGCGGGAGUGACAGCCAUGGGGACGACGCUGAGCCCUGGCGGCAUGGGCGCCAUGGGCGCGCAGCCUGCGGCCUCUAUGAACGGCCUGGGCCCCUACGCCGCGGCCAUGAACCCCUGCAUGAGCCCCAUGGCAUACGCGCCGUCUAAUCUGGGCCGCAGCCGGGCUGGGGGCAGUGGCGACGCCAAGACUUUCAAGCGCAGCUACCCGCAUGCCAAGCCACCCUACUCUUAUAUUUCGCUCAUCACUAUGGCCAUUCAGCAGGCCCCCAGCAAGAUGCUGACGCUGAGCGAGAUCUACCAGUGGAUCAUGGACCUCUUUCCCUAUUACCGGCAGAACCAGCAGCGUUGGCAGAACUCCAUCCGCCACUCGCUCUCCUUCAACGACUGCUUCGUGAAAGUGGCGCGCUCCCCGGACAAGCCGGGCAAGGGUUCCUACUGGACGCUGCACCCGGACUCUGGCAACAUGUUCGAAAAUGGCUGUUACUUGCGCCGCCAGAAGCGCUUCAAAUGCGAGAAGCAGCCAGGGGCCGGGGGCGGGAGCGGAGCCAGUGGUGGUGCCAAGGGCGGCCCUGAGAGCCGGAAGGACCCCUCUGCUGCUGCCAAUGGCAGCGGCGACUCACCCCUUCAUCGGGGUGUGCACGGUAAGGCCGGCCAGCUAGAGGGCGCAGCGGCCCCGGGGCCUGCCGCCAGCCCCCAGACUCUGGACCACAGUGGGGCUACGGCGACAGGGGGCGCCGCGGAGUUGAAGACUCCAGCCUCCUCAGCUGCGCCCCCAAUCAGCUCGGGGCCUGGGGCGCUGGUAUCUGUGCCCCCCUCCCACCCAGUGCAUGGUCUGGCACCCCACGAGUCCCAGCUACACCUGAAAGGGGACCCCCAUUACUCCUUCAACCACCCUUUCUCCAUCAACAACCUCAUGUCCUCGGAUCAGCAGCACAAGCUGGACUUCAAGGCUUACGAGCAGGCGCUUCAGUACUCACCCUACAGCGCCGCAUUGCCCGCCAGCCUGCCACUGGGCAGCGCCUCGGUGGCCACCAGGAGCCCCAUCGAGCCCUCAGCCCUGGAGCCGGCCUACUACCAAGGUGUGUAUUCCAGACCUGUCCUAAACACUUCCUAGCUCUUCUAGACUAGGGGUUUGUUUGUCGUGACCAUGCUUGUAGCAGGAGAGAAGGAAAAAACCAACUGCAAAUAAAACCACACACACCAAGCCAACAACAGCGUAACAAAAUCCCAACUAUUUUUAUUUUGUGUGUGUGUGCAGCAAUCUUUUUCCCAGUGCAAAGGACUGUUACUUUGUUGUUGUUCAAAUGCCUUGUGUAUAUUAUUAGGAAAAAAAACCACCCCCAAACCAACAGAAUUUUUCCCUGCAAAGUUUAAUUAUACACAAGUGUAUAUAUAAAAUCCUCCUUCCUUAUCCCUCUCCCUUUCUUUCCUCUUUCCCCACCAGACACAUUCCAGUGUGUGCAGAUUUUAUUUAAGAAAAGAAGUAUGGUCAAGCUUGUAAAGUAUUUGUACUUUUUUCCCCUCCUCACCUGACCCCCCCCUCCCACACGCACAGGUUUACAGGUCAAUGGCAAUACUCUUCACAGCAGGAACUGAAAAGCUAAAGAAACAAGCAGACACUAGGGGCUGUUACAACUAGUGAAGGACAGUGCUGCUGUUGCGCAGCAAAACACCAACAGAUUAUAAACAUCAGAGCCAUUUGUUUUUCAGCUUACAUUCUAAUACACUCAGAUAGCAGAUGUCUUAAGAAUACAUAUAUAUUAUCUACUGAUGUUUAUGCACAUGCUCAAAUAUGUAGACAUCCUCCAUGUAAUUACGUAACACAUAGAGGUAAUAGGUAGGUGGUACCCAUGCUACAUUUUCAAGAGUUGCCUGACCAAAAAGUUACAAAGACACCCCUUCCUUGUCCACCCACAGAGAGCCCUGGGAAUCAAUUCCUCAAGAAUUGCCUUUCUCAGUAACUCUGCUCCUUGCUUUGCAGAGUGCCAUGGUCAUGUCAUUCUGAGGUCACAUAACAUGUAUAAAAUUAGUGUCUGUGUAUCUAUACCAUUUAAAAAUAUUUUUCCUCCAGAAAAAAAAGGAAGAACACAAUGUUGGAGAAGAGAUGUUAUAGGGAGCCGUAUUUCAAAAUUUGGUCCAACAUUCCAAAAUCCAACUGAUUGUGGUCAUUUUAAUUAUUGUCAUCGUGUGCUUGUUCAUUCAGUGUUAAUGCACUUUUCACAGUUGGACAUGGUGUUAGUGUAGCCAGACGGGUUUCAUUAUUAUUCCUCUUUGCUUUCUCAAUGUUAAUUUAUUGCAUGGUUUAUUCUUUUUUUUUCUUUACAGUUGAAAUUGCUUUAAAUGAUGGUUAAAAGUACAAAUUAAAAUGUUAAUUUUUAUCAAUGUGAUUGUAAUUAAAAUAUUUUGAUUUAAAUAACAAAAAUAAUAAAUUUUAAGGUGUGGAGUAUGUUCUUGAUCAUUUGCAGUUAAGGACUUUAAAUAAAUCAAAUGUUAACAAAAAAGGAUUUUUGUUAUUUUCCUUAAUUAAAUCCAAAAUAGAUAUUCUGAAUAUGAUAUUUUUCAAUGCUUGGCACUGAAUAUAAAUGACAAAAAGGAAAAUAAAACAAAAUUGUUUGUUUAUUAUAUGUGGUAAAAAG